AUGUUAAAACGAGCGUUAGGUUGUUUGUACGGUCAGUUGAUCGGAGACGCUCUUGGGUGCCGUUACGAGUUCAGUGAUGCGAGACGUACUGAAAUGAUGUUAAAGAUGGAUUCGGAGCCAGAUGGUUUCCUACCCAUACUGGGAGGUGGACCCUUUAAUAUGUCUCCAGGCCAAGUAACAGAUGAUUCCGAAAUGGCUUUUUCGCUUGCGACUAGCCUUUGUAGGCUGAAGAAAUUUGAUGCUGCUGAUGUAGCCACUGCUUACGUGGAGUGGUCGCAUUCUUCUCCGCCAGAUAUUGGAAUGGCUACAACAGCAGCUCUUUCUGUCGAAGAGUUUCCAAAAAACGGUUCGGUGCUGAAGAUAGACCAGGAAAUAAAGGACAAUAUUUUGAAACGCGUACUGGAAAAUGUAAAAAAGUAUAACAGCGGUUCUAGAAGUAAUGGUUGCUUAAUGCGAAUAUCUCCUCUUGCUGUAGCAGUUUCUAACUUUUCUGAUGAGAAAGCUAGGAUGACAAUAGAGUCUGAUUGCCGUUUAACGCACUGUGAUGAUAUCUGUGUUGAUGCAACAGUCGUUUACGGCUUUGCUAUUAGAGAACUUGUUAAUGAAAAGUCACCAGAGGAUGCGUAUAAGAAAGCUUUGGACAUUUGCAAAACAGAAGAUGUUAGGGACUUGUUGAAUGUUUCAAAAGACCGUGCAGUACCAGUAAAAGUGCGAGAUGGAUUAGUAAAUGGUGACACUUCAUCAAUGGGGUAUAUUGGAAUAGCUCUCCAGAGUGCAUUUUACGAACUUCUACAUGCACCGGAUUUCGCGACUGGUGUUAUUUCUUCAAUCCGUCGAGGAGGUGACACUGAUACUAACGGUGCCAUUGUGGCUGCGCUGCUCGGUAGAUUUUGGAUUUGUUUACUUCCUUGUGCUGUUCGUCUAAUUAACGUAGAGGGUUUAGUAAUUGGAACUUAA